UAACCUGACAAAGUUAUCCCUGAUAUUCAGCCAUAUGCUGGCAGAACUCAAAGGUAUUUUCCCAAGUGGCCUUUUCCAGGGAGACACAUUCCGGAUCACCAAGGCAGAUGCUGCAGAAUUUUGGAGAAAGGCUUUUGGUGAAAAGACUAUCGUUCCUUGGAAAAGCUUCCGUCAGGCCUUGCAUGAAGUGCAUCCAAUCAGUUCAGGGCUGGAAGCCAUGGCCCUGAAGUCAACGAUUGACUUGACGUGCAAUGACUACAUUUCAGUAUUUGAAUUUGAUAUCUUCACACGACUUUUUCAGCCAUGGUCCUCUUUGCUCAGGAACUGGAAUAGCCUAGCGGUGACUCAUCCUGGUUAUAUGGCAUUCCUAACAUAUGAUGAGGUGAAGGCCCGGCUUCAGAAAUUCAUUCACAAACCUGGCAGUUACAUUUUCCGAUUGAGUUGUACACGACUCGGUCAGUGGGCCAUUGGCUAUGUCACUGCAGAUGGGAACAUUCUUCAGACAAUCCCCCACAACAAACCUCUUUUUCAAGCACUGAUUGAUGGCUUCAGGGAAGGCUUUUAUUUAUUUCCCGAUGGCCGGAAUCAGAAUCCUGACUUGACUGGCUUGUGUGAGCCCACACCUCAGGACCACAUUAAAGUUACACAGGAACAAUACGAAUUGUAUUGCGAGAUGGGCUCCACGUUUCAGCUGUGUAAAAUAUGUGCUGAAAAUGACAAGGAUGUGAAGAUUGAACCAUGCGGCCAUCUGAUGUGCACGUCCUGUCUCACUGCGUGGCAGGAAUCAGAAGGCCAGGGUUGUCCUUUUUGCCGCUGUGAAAUCAAAGGCACGGAGCCAAUUGUAGUAGACCCAUUUGACCCCAGAGGAGGAGGAGGAUUAUUACGGCAAGGGGCAGAAGGAACUCCCUCACCCAAUUAUGAUGAUGAUGACGACGACAGAGCUGAUGAUUCCCUCUUCAUGAUGAAAGAACUUGCUGGUACCAAAGUCGAGCGUCCUCCUUCUCCGUUCUCAGUAGCUCCACAGGCCACCCUUCCUCCCGUGCCACCGCGACUGGAUCUUUUGCAGCAGCGAGUGUCCAAUCCGCCUGGGGCUUCCAGUCCUGGGACCACUUCAAAGGCUGCACCUGGUACUCUUCACAAGGAUAAACCUUUGCCAAUCCCACCCACGCUCAGAGAUCUCCCGCCGCCACCGCCUCCAGACAGGCCACAUUCCAUUGGGACUGAAGGUCGACCUCAGAGACGUCCCCUGCCCUGCACGCCAGGAGACUGUCCUUCGAGAGACAAACCACCUCCUGUGCCCUCCAACCGUCAAGCGGAUCUGUGGCCAUCCAGGCCAAUUCCAAAAGCCCCGUCUGUAGCUCUCAGCUCUGGUGACCCUUGGGCUGGGAGAGAACUGUCAAACAGACACUCACUUCCCUUUUCCUUGCCCUCUCAGAUGGACUCCAGGGCUGACAGCCAUCGGCUUGGGAGCACACUCAGCCUGGACAACCCAGUGAGCUUGAACAGUGGUCCGCCAACAACCCCAGAGUGUGAACACCCCAAAAUUAAGCCCUCCUCGUCUGCCAAUGCCAUCUACUCCUUAGCUUCCAGACCACUGCCUGUACCAAAACUGCCUCCUGGGGAACAGUCUGAAAGCGAUGAAGACACUGAAUACAUGUCACCAUCCUCUCUGCCUGUGGUGCCUCCAGAUCCUGCUGUACAAAAACCAGAGAUCAAAAUGCCUUUGGAAAUGACUCAGAGUUUACGAGUUUUAGACUGCAACCAGCAGACGGAUGGCUGUAUGUAUGAAGCAAUGUACAACAUUCACUCCCAAGCAGCACCCUCUGCUUUUGAGACUGUCAACACUUCUGAUGAAGGGGAUCUGGCAGCAGCAACUGCCAGCAACGGCCCUGAAGAGUCAGAAAAUGAAGAUGAUGGUUAUGACAUCCCCAAACCACCGCUACCGGUUGCUAUUGCUCGUCGCACACUGUCUGAUAUCUCCAAUGCCACAACAGCCUUCAGCCGAAUGUCUUUGGAAAAUGACCCUGUAACAGGUUUUUCAGACGGCUCUCAAGUUCCAGAAAGGCCGCCAAAACCGCUACCACGGAGAAUAAAUUCUGAGCGGAAAGCGGGGAGCUGCCAAACAGGCGGAGCCAGCAGUGGGACCAGUGCAUCACUGCAACUCUCCAGUGAGAUCGAGAAUCUAAUGAGCCAAGGCUACUCAUAUCAGGACAUUCAGAAAGCACUGGUCAUUGCACAUAACAAUAUUGAAAUGGCCAAGAAUAUUCUCCGGGAGUUUGUUUCCAUUUCCUCCCCUGCGCACGUGGCCACAUAGCACAUUACCUCCACACCCACAACUUCUGUGGACCAACUGCCUGGGCAGCCAUAGCCCAGCUACGCACCAAAGGGGAAGGGGGUUCCUUUAGAGACUUCAUGCUGAGGUCAGUCCUGCCUCUUAAGAGAAUCAGUUAUCAGGUUUUUGUGGUUCCAGAUUUCAAAGCAGUGGAAUGAAAUGGAGCAGAGUGGUGUUUUUUACAGUGUAUGUCUUGGAGUCCUUUACCCCUACCUCUUGUUUGAGAGAACAGAUUUAUUUCCAGGGUGUUAGUAGAGAAAGGUAUCGCAGCAAGGGGUCCCCGAGCUGAUGCCCUGGAGACUGGGGGGAGUGUUUUGUGCUGUGAAUUCUAAGUGAAUGCUCUGAGAAACAAAGUCUCGAGGUUGGUGUGGUGUGUCCUGUGGUUUAUGGUACUAGGUUUGGAUCUGUUCGCUGCUGUGUGUCUGGCUCCGGCUUUUUAGAGCAGCUGGGAGGUCACUUUCUGCUGGGAAUAAAUAGGAGACCUUGGAAGAAUCUUUCGAUUGCUUCCUGUUUGCCAUGGUGUUUCCCUCUUGCCUGUAAUAAUAG